UGUUGCCGCCGCCGCGUCCUCUCAUUCGCGAAUCGCCGCGUCUCUUUGUCGCGCUCGUUCACGGUUUAUUUAUCCCGAAUCCGUUACCGAACGCGCAACUCAGUUCCUGUCUGCUUAUCGCUCGCUCUUCCACCGCCGUCGUACGCUAAAAAUACCGAACACAAUGGCCGACGUUGUAGCUGAUGUUGUUAGUGAGACCGUCACCACCCCAGAGAAGAAAGUAACAGACUCUCCAGCAAAAGAAAAGAAAGUACCAGAUUCUCCAGCAAAGAAAGUCGAAACUCCAGUUAAAGAAAAGGCUGCCGAAAAUGGUUCUGCCAAAACUGAAGAUGACGACGAGGAAGUUAAAGAAAAUGGUGCUUCUGAAGAAGAGGAAGAAGAUGACGAUGUAGUUGAAAAAGAACAGAAUGGGGACUCUAAAGAUGAUGAAGAAGAAACAGAAAGUUGCCAAAAAGGAUGCAAAAGGAAAUCUGGUGCUUCAGAAGCUGCAGUUGAGACUGAAGAAAACAGUGAAAAGAAGGCCAAAUUAGAAGAGGCCGAAGAAGAUCCAGCUACUGCUGAGCCCCAGUUUGUCGAAGCGUAAACAAAUGUCCAUGACAUUAAAUUAUUCUAGACCCUGCCCUCCCUUUUGUUAUAAUGACAACUACCAUUUUGACUUUGAAGUAGAUUUUUUUGAUACAUGAGUUAUACAUUUCCAUGUUCAUUUUGUAAAUCUACUCCAAAUUAUUACAAAACGACGUACAAAAUGUUUCCUUUUCUCAAAACUCGAAAACUCUGCGGCACUUUGAAUUAAUUAAUUUUAAAUGUAAUUUUAAGUUAAUGGUUUUUUUUUUACGUCUUAAUGAACUUAAUUAUUUGGUCAAUUUUUAAUUUUUAUUUUAUAUCUUUUUACUAUAGGAUAUGGUAAAAUUAUAUUAUGCAAAAGUCUAGUUUUUAGUCAAGGGAUGGUUUCUUUUUAAUUUUAAUGUUGAAAACCCAAUAUUUCUCACAACUACAAUGUAAGUAGCUUGAAAUUAGAAAUACCUGUUGUGGUCCCAUUAGUAAGGUUUUUUUUUUGUAUUAUAUUCUACUUUAAAUAAACAAUUUAUCUUUAAGUUCAAAGUCAAAUGAAUUUCUAAACUAUGGUUGUAAUUACAAAAAACCUAUUUAGGAUAAUGCAAUUUCUAGUAUUAAUUAUCUGUGACAUCCUAUUUGAUUUUUUUUACCCUUGUGUACACAAUUUCAUUAAAUUUUUCCAUUAUAUAAUAUUGGUGUAAUUUUAUAAUUAUUUAAAAGUAUUUUUCAAAGUUCUGUUUUGGUAAUACUAAAAUACUAAAAGCUGUGUAUCUUGCACGGCCAAAAAAUGUACUGUACUGUAUCUUUUAUUUAAUAAAUUGUCUAGAAUUUA